AUGUACGCCUUUACCUUACCCCAGCCUCUUAUGGACCCUUACACCGUGCUGCACCACCACCCCUUCACCUCCCCAGUGAGCGGGACGACACCGUACCUAGGCCAAGGCACUCCUCAACUAGGACAAGGCACGCCUUACUUGGGACAGGAUACCUCGUACUGGGGACAGGGCCCCCCCUACCUAGGACAGGGCCUUAACUUAGGAACGGCUCCCGGCCUCGGCCUGGAGACUGGGCCGGUUACAAAAGAGACGACCUGUCCCCCACCCCCCGUAGGCUUUGUGGACCCUAUGCUUCACGUCCUCAUGCCGUUUUACGGCGGGUGUGUGGCGGAGCCCGCGGGGCUACCUGGCGCCCCCAACACCAUGUUCGCAAUGCCACUCGCGCCGCAGCCCUUGCCGAAGCUGGAGAAACGGCUUAACGGCCUGAACUACACCCCGGGUUCCCUGUACGAGGGCUACGUGAAGCGCUACAACCCCGUGCGCGGAUUUGGCUUCCUGACGGCGACCCAUCAAGUCUUUUCAGCCACAGAUGCCGCACUUGGGGGGAGCACAACGACCGUGAAGGAACUUGAGAGAUCGACAACAGAGGCACCAGAUCUAAACGGCAUCUCCACUGAAAGUAGCCCUGAAAUAAGCUUUAUGCCAAACGAGAUGGACCCUGGCGCGGCUGGGGAUGGCCGACCGACUGAUACUCUCUCUACUUCACUCCUUAAAGUGGGCACCUGCAUGCAACUUGAGCCCAAGCCCCAUUCUCUCUUAGAGGAAAUGCCCCCAGAUGCAUCUUCAACUUCUUUUCCUUCCGCCGACUCAACUACUUCCGCAUCCACGAAAUCGGUUAGGUCCUACACGUGUGUACCGAUCAAACUAGGUGAUAUUUUUGUGCACCAGAGCUACGUGGAAAUGCAUGGCUUCCGAACCCUUCCAGUUCGUGGCCGAGUUCGCUUUCAAGUUAGCUAUAUGGAGGGGCAGAGCUCAUACCAAGCAAUAAAUGUAGAAUUGCUCCCGCAAGUAGUACCCCUAGAUCUGGAUUUAACGAAUAUUAUAGCAUCUGAUAUUCCGGACAGCAAAAAUAACCUUUCGGAAAGUUAG